AUGGCGGAGGUGUUGGAGUUCCGCGUCCCGGGCGGCCGUGGCCGGACCCUCCUCGUCCUGGGGCUGGAGACAGACGCGGCCGAGCAUGCCCUGUAUUUAGCAUUCUCUGCCUUUGGGCCGCUCUACUCGGUGAGGCUUCGCCCAAACGCUCCGGUCGCUCAGCCUGGCCAUUACGCCCUUGUCAAGUACUUCUCCGCCAGAGAUGCCGGCAGAGCGCAACGUGCGUGCAACCAGCAGUCGCUGUUUCAGAAAUCCCCACUGAAGGUGUGCAUCUGUACCAGACAGAGGUCUUUCCCACAGCAGACCUUGGUUUUGAACAGCCACAAAUGCCAGGAACUGGCCAAUCACUACCUCGGUUUCAACAGCUGGUCUAGUCGCAUUGUCACGCUCCAGGAUAUCUCUGGCUUCGAAGAGGAGGAGAAUGAAGAGGAGGCCUCAAGGGCUUUGCCGGGGAGCCAGCGUUGCAAGUACCUGUGCGUUCAAGAACUAACUAUCCCGCAACACAGCAUCUGCUCCAGAGGGAUUGGAGUGGCCGAGGUUCCGGUGGACCCCAGCCAAGGGUUUAUUGCAGCCAUGCGCGGCGCUCAGAAGCUCGCGGCACAAAAAGCACUCUCGGAUGCAUUUCAGAAGAUUCUCCUCGUAGUUCUAGAGAAUGGGAAGGUGGCCGUGGAGUUCAGCUCCCCCCAGGAUGACCUUGUGGACUGUUUAGCAGAUGAAGAACUGAAAGGGCUCCUCCAGGUGACUGACUUGUCCUUGUCGCAGUUGAAUCCUGAAGGAGAAGAAGAGGUCUUGUCUGACUUCAGCAUGGAUGACGAAUAG